UUCUCUCCUUCUCACCAAUGGAUGGAGUUUAUUCCCCAGCCGGCACAGCGACUUCCUGAAAACUUCCCACUCUGUACUGGGGGCUCCUGCUGGAGUUUUCGGGGUGAUGGAGCAGCGCGGGGGAACGGAGAGCCCCGGCCUUCGGGACAGCGCCAGCCCGGAGGAGAGAGGGGAAAGCCCGCCGUGCAAGUCGAGCCGCCUGGAGGUCAACGGCAGCCCGGCGGCUCCGCGGAUCAGACAGAACGGCACGCCGCUGAGGCCGCUGGGAGGUUUGAUGAUCCCGGUCUACUGCGUGGUGGAGCAUGCAGCAAACGGGGGCGUAGCCGGCGACUGCGAGGGGCACGGCGACCGCCACGCUGAGUUUGUGCUGGUUCAUAAAGACGUCCUCUUCACGCAGCUGGUGGAGACGGCACUGGCCGCUCUGGGAUACUCACACAGCUCAGCUGUACAGGCAAGUGGCAUCAUUAAAGUGGGCCAGUGGAAGCCGAUGCCCAUCCACUACCUAACAGACGCUCCAGAGGCAACCGUGGCUGACAUGCUGCUGGAGGUCUACCACAUGGUCACACUGCGGAUCCUACUGCACAGCUUUGCGCGGCUGGAGGAGCUGCCGUCAGAGCAGUGGACCCACGCCACGGUGAGGAACGCCCUCAAAGAGCUGCUCCGAGAGACCAACCAGAGCGCGCUGGCCAAGGAGUGUCCCCUCUCCCAGAGUAUGAUCUCAGCGAUAGUCAACAGUUCCUACUACAUCAACGUCUCCACCUCUAAGUGCCAGGAGUUUGGACGCUGGUACAAGAGGUACAAACGCAUCAAAGGUGAAUACAUUGAGAACAUGUGGUCAGCUCAGGAUAAAUCAGAUAUUAAAGUGGAGAGGGAUUUGGACCUGAGCAUCCUCAGCCAGCGACCUCCCUUACUCUUACCCUCCCCCACCCAUUUGGGCUCCCUGGGCGGCCCCGGAGCUCUGUCCAUCAAGAGUGGCCUCGGGGACACCCAGCCUCAACGUCUGCCUCACCCCGCCAGCCAGCACCACCCGGGUGCACCGCUGCGUCCUCUCCUGGGCCACGGCGGGCUCCUGCACCCCCAGCUCUCCCCUCAGCUCGUCCGUCAGCAGCUCGCCAUGGCCCACCUCAUCAACCAGCAGCUAGCCGUUAGCCGCUUGCUCGCACACCAGCACCCACAGGGAGUCAACCAGCAGUUCCUCCACCACCCUCCCAUCCCGCGCACCUGCAAGGGCUCCGGGGCCACCACCGAGCCCGGCCUCAACUGCUCGGGGCCCGAAGUCUCCUUCAGCAUUUACCAGCAUGUCAGGAACGAACUGAAGAGGGCCAGCAUUUCUCAGGCGGUGUUUGCCCGCGUGGCUUUUAACCGCACACAGGGGCUGCUGUCAGAGAUCCUUCGUAAGGAGGAGGAUCCUCGCUCGGCCUCACAGUCGCUGCUGGUCAACCUGAAGGCCAUGCAGAGCUUCCUCACCCUGCCGGAGGGCGAGCGGGACCGCAUCUACCAGGAGGAGAGAGAGAGGAGCGCCAACUCCACCCACAACCUCUCCACCACCCACAUCUCCAACAGCAACCCACUCAGACACGCAUUCACAGGACCAGCUCUGCCAACAAAGUGCAGCAUGUCUGCCGCAGAGCUGCCGCUGAAGUCGGACCCGUUGGUCAACAUCUCGUCGGGCGUCUAUGAGGAGAUCCAACAGGAGAUGAAGAGGGCGAAGGUCUCCCAGGCUCUGUUCGCCAAGGUGGCCGCCAAUAAAAGUCAGGGCUGGCUGUGUGAGCUGCUCAGGUGGAAAGAGAGCCCGAGCCCAGAGAACCGCACCCUGUGGGAGAACCUGUGCACCAUCAGGAGGUUCCUGGCGUUAACGCAGGCCGAUAGAGAUCAGGUCUACGAAGAGGAGUCGAGGCAGCAGCACAGCGACAGGCUCCACACCGUCCUGCACAUGCCAGAACAGCAGGCCCUCCACAGACCGCCCCUGCCACCUCUGACCACUCCGUCUCCGAUUCGUGAAGACCCACAGCCCAUCCAGCUGCUGGUCCUGCACGGCUCAGAAGACGGGCCCCAGCGCGGGCCGAGCCCCGGCCUCGGAGGAGGCGGAGGACCGAAGAAGGCCCGGUCCCGGACGCGUAUUUCCCUCGAGGCUCUGGGGACCCUGCAGAGCUUCAUCGGCGACGUGGGGCUCUACCCCGACCAGGAGGCCAUCCACACCCUGUCGGCCCAGCUGGACCUACCCAAGCACACCAUCGUCAAGUUCUUCCAGAACCAGCGCUACAACGUCAAGCACCACAACCAGGUCAGAGAGCCCGUCCCCGGGGAGGACGACCGGGAGAGCUCGAGUCCCAGCGAGGGGGGCGUCUGCACGGCGGAGAGCCGAGGGGAGGAGGGUCUCUCUGCGUCUGAGGAGUCCAGCGAGGACGGGAGAGGAUCAGUGGAGGCGUUCAGAACAGAGGGCGGAGAAAGAGAUGUGGAGAUGGAGAAGGAGAAGGAGGAAGAGGAUGAUGGGAAAGCCUCGGGGCCGGCGACGUCCUCCCUGUCCCCGUACAGCAGCCUGGACAGCCCCCCCUCUGCAGAGCAGCAGAGAUAACAGCAGAGACACAAGAACUGAGGCAAAGGACACCAUCAAACUGUGAAGCCGUGAAUAAACACACACGCUGUCAUCAGCUUCACCACAGCUGAUGAUCAGAGGAACUGUGGGAAAGUAUUUAAGUUUGACUGAGAGGGGAUACGGAGGUACUACCACUGCAGUGCGUUCACUUCCCACCAGUGUUUCUGAUUUGAUGAUUAAAAGUUACAGUCGUUGUAUAACUACCUCUGCAGCACAAUCCACUUCUUUUACUGCUCUGUAAAGUAUUACUAAGUGCACACAAUCACAACAUGGAAGCUGUGUAUUUCUCUGUAAAGUAUUGAGACGGAUUAUCUACGGUGGAUUAUGCUGCAGGAAUGGUUUGAGACGUCUCAAAUCUUCAGGGGGUUUAUGUUUAUUUAUGUACGAUUGGUUUAUUAUGUUUUUAGAGUUUAAUGUUUAGUUUGAUACUCAGAGUUUGGCAGAGUUUUCCUCUUGUGAGGCAGGGUUCACAUGCUGGCACUAGAGUCAGCGUGGGAUUGAAUUUGACAAAUUUCGGACCAGAAAUGGGGUGUAAUGUGACUGCUUUUGGGGUGUUUUUUUUUUAGGAGAAAGUCAACUUUUAGGAGCGUUUGACUCCCAAGCCCCACGGAUGCCAUAAAAUGAACAACACUGGAAUUGCAGUUUGCCCCAAAUAUUAGAUGCCAACCUUACAGACUCACCCCGACAAAGCUUUUCAGUAAAAUCCUCCCAAACAUCACAGUUAUUUUCUGGUGAGAUAUCAGAAAUAACUGCAAAUGUAUAAAUACAAACUGGCAUUGGGCAGUAGUACCUCAUGAGACGAGCUUUCAGCUGUGGGGAAUAGAGACAUGCAGGUCAACAACACUAGAACCUCCACCCAAACAUCAGCUGAGCUCCAUGUGAAACUCACUGACAGUAAAUCACUACCCCCCCACCGAUAUUUAUUACUUAUAUUUACUAAAGUCUGAGUAUUACUGUUGUGAUUAUAGUUUUGCUUUUAUUUUCUUUGAUUUGACUUCAAAAGUUUUUGUAAAUAUGAGAAAAAAUGAGGAAGUAUGGACU